AGGUGGUGCUGCUGCCGCCUCCGUCGCCGUUCGCCGGCUGGAUCAGACGCACGCGCGCGCUCCCGCAAUUAUUUGCCGCUGCCUGAACAAUCUGCGGUCCAGUCCGGCUAGCGACUGCCCCUGCCAUCACCUUCGCAGCCGCUGUUGCCUCUGCCGCUCCUCCAUCGUUUCAAACUUUGCACAUUGAGACUUGCAGUCGGUUUUUUUUGUUCCAUUCAAAUUAGCAUCCUCAGCAACUCCUCUUUUCCACUCUGGGCAAGACCUAAAAGAUGCUGCUUCUCUUUUAAUAGCACAGUUGUGAAGAAAAGGGUGUGUGUUUUAAAACCACACACACACACACAAAAUCGGAUCGGUCUUCUAUGCAAACCUCCCAUUUUUCGGGCUCGAUCGCAGCAGCCGGCGCACGGAUUACAUUUCCCGGGAUCUCUUUUUGACUGCUGCCCUUCAGCAGCUUAUUGAAGUGUGUCCCCCUCCCCCUGUCCCCGAAGACCGAGGAGCGCCCCUUGGCCGCUUCUGCCCCUGUUGGAAGUGACUGACCUCGCCGCUUUCUUUGCCACCUCCCACCCUGCCACUCCACUGGUUCGAUUUGCUUGGGAUUGCAUUGUUCGUGGCCCAUCCCUGGGGGUGGGGUGGGGGUUGCCAGUUGGAAGCGAGGACGGGCUAGGAUUGGAAGGAAGGAGGCAGGGAUGCCAGAGGGAAGGUGAGACUGAGCGCUCGUGUCUCCCUCACCUUUCUGUAACCUCCCGGAUCCCGUCUGAGAACAGAUUCGGUGGCAGCAUCGAGAGACCGGGUUGGGAUCGCUCGCCCUUUUCGGCUUCUGCAGUUUCUCCUCGGUGGGAUUGUAGGGCUGCGCGGGCAGGAUGCGUUCCUUCCCGUGGGGAUUUUGGCUGCUGUGUGUCGCUGCGUCCUCGGCUGGGAGCGAUGGUAGCAACAAAGCAAGGAGCUGUUCCGAGCUCCGGCAACUCUAUGGGGCCAAAGGAUUCAGCCCCAGCGUGGUCCCCCAGGCGGAGAUCUCUGGUGAACACUUGAGGAUUUGCCCACAAGGCUACACAUGCUGUACCAGUGAGAUGGAGGAGAACUUUGCCAACAAGAGUAGAAGCGAAUUUGAAGCCAUGUUGAAGGAAGCCACUCGCUCAGUGCAAACAAACUUAACAUCCCAGUACAAGAGCUUUGAUGGUUAUUUCCAGGAUUUAUUAAACAAGUCAGAAAAGGCCCUUUAUGACACAUUUCCUGGCAUGUACGGAGACCUUUACUACCAGAACAUAAAGGUUUUCAAAGACUUGUAUAGUGAUCUGCGUCGUUAUUACCGCGGUUCCAACAUCAACCUAGAAGAGACCCUCACUGAAUUUUGGAAUCGCCUGCAAGAGCGGCUUUUUAAGUUGAUGAAUCCUCAGUACCACCUUCCUGAUGAGUACAUGGACUGCAUGAUGAAGCACUCUGAGCAGCUUAAACCCUUUGGAGAGGUUCCAAGGGACCUGAAGUUGAAGGCAACAAGGGCCUUCAUUGCAGUCCGCUCUUUUGUGCAGGGACUUGGAGUGGGCAGUGAUGUUGUCAAAAAGGUCUCUCAGGUCCCUCUGAGCCUGUAUUGCACCCGGGCCAUUAUGAAGCUGAUGUACUGUGCACAUUGCCGGGGCAUGUCAAAUGUGAAGCCAUGCAACAGCUACUGCCGCAACAUCUUGAAAGGCUGUCUGGCCAAUCAAGCAGACCUGGACCCUGAGUGGAGGAACUUGAUUGAUUCAUUGCUCUUGGUGGCUGAUCGCUUUGAUGGCCCGUCCAACAUCGAGUCAGUCAUUGGUACAAUUCAUACGAGGAUUGCAGAAGGCAUUUCUAAUAUGCAAGAGCAUCGAGAAUCUAUAACUGCCAAGGUCUUUCAAGGUUGUGGAAAUCCCAAAAUCAACCCCAAAGCUUCCAGUGUUGAGGAUAAGAAGAGAAGGGGCAAAUCCAUCAGUGAAGAUAAAGCUUCAGGGCUUGGUUUGGAGAAACUUGUUUCAGAUGCCAAAGGAAAGCUGAGGGAUAUAAGGGACUUCUGGGUUUCCUUGCCUACCACACUUUGCAAUGAAAAGGUAUCAUCUGGUUCUGUGAAUGAAGACAAGUGCUGGAAUGGAAUGGCCAGAAGCAGAUACCUUCCAGAUGUGAUGGGAGACGGUCUAGCCAACCAGAUUAAUAACCCAGAGGUUGAAGUAGACAUUACCAAACCGGACAUGACCAUCCGCCAGCAAAUCAUGCAGUUAAAGAUUAUGACAAAUCGAGUGCGUAAUGCAUACAACGGGAAUGAUGUGGAUUUCCAGGAUACCAGUGAUGACAUCAGCGGCUCUGGAAGUGGUGAUAGCUGCCUUGAUGAUGCAUGUGGCAAAAGACUGUCCAAGAACCCCAGCACCAGGCCGCCAGAGACACAUCCUAUGCCUAAGCAGUCAGGACAAGGUGUCAGUGGAAAUAGCAGCGUACUUUUGCCUUCUUCCUUUCUUUUAUUACUUUCUCUGGCUGCUGUUGCAAUGCAGUACCUGCGACGGUAACUCAUUUGUGCAGCCUAUGGAAGAGACUGUGAUGGUUGAGGUCUUAACUUUGCCAAAAAUGUGGACUAUAUUUAAUUCAUCUUGGCAAAAUGUGGGAGGAAAAAGUUCUUGAUUGUUUGUGAUAACCUGGCAGUGCUAGAGGUGGUCUUUUCUUUUGUUCUUUUUAAAAUGCUGGGCCCUUCUUUCUGUACCUCAUUUUUAAAAAGUCAUUAAUUUGCCACAAAAAAGGCACCUAGGUGCCUACGACAGACCUUGGAAGAUAGGUUUAAUGCAGAAAAAAACAAAUGACCCCAAGGCAACAUCAUUUUUACUGACUGCAAUAAAAUAUGCAAGUAUCUCAGAUUCUUAUUUAACUGUAGCCAUGAGUGUGCUACACUGGUUUAGAACAAUACACCAUUUUAAUUUAAAUGUGUUCAAAGUGCUCUAAUAGGGAGUCAGUUCAUAAUUUUCCAUUAAGCAAGUGGAAAUGAGCCUUCCUUUUGUUUGAUGUAGGAGUAUCUAUUCUGUACAUUAAUGUAAUCCUGAUUAGCAAAGGGAUUCAUUAUUCUGGAACCUGGAACAAAUGUUCUUUCAUUUGUAAAUAUUUUUGAUUGCUAAAAUUUAGUCAUCAUAGCCAAUUAAUAUUUCUCCUACAUCCAAGCAAAUGAGAAUGAGAUUUAGGUUUUGCAUGAUCCAUGGAAAGUAGCAAAUUGAUAAGAUGCAAUACUGAAUCACAAUAUGCAACAUUGCAAUAGAAAUAUGCAUGGGAAGACUUUUGCCUGGAAAGCACUGCUUUCCCUUUGAGGCUGAUUGUCUUCCUAUUGACAAUUACCACAGUCAACUUUUACCAAAGGGAUAAUGCAAAGAAACUUUUUUUGAGGUUUUGUGUAUUACUACUAGUCCUUUUAGCAAGGCCUGAUGGCAACUCAUUGGCUAAACCAGGGAACAGUAAAAUACCAUCAAAUGUCCCUAGACAUUGGCUUGGAUACAGGUUUUAAAGGAACUGCAGGUCUUUGAUCCUGCCCCCAGUUCCACCAGUGAUGUCAGCUGGAAAAAACAAGCAGACCAAAGCCAUAGUUUGAGUCACCAUAUCAACCAAAUGCUAAUCCAUUUCACCUUAUGUUGGCCUAGUUAACCCUAUCUUCUCACUUUGCUAGUUUUCCAAUUGUUAUGUAUUUGCCAGGGAUAUUGUCAGAUGGUUAAGGUGGUCGGUAGGAGAGAGGCAGGAGAUAGGAGUGUCUAAUCACAGAUCUACACAAACAUGUAUGGAUUCUUUGUUCAGACAUCCAUGCUUGCAUAGUUCUCUACAUUGGGUCAUUAGAUUUUUUUGACCUACAGCCACAAGCAUUUUUUCUCUUUUUCAGAAAUAUUUAGUAUAUCAAGGCAAUCGUACUGAUUGGUUAGACGACAGGAAACCCUUGACACAAACAUUGCUGUUAAUUCACUUUGUUUCAUAUCAUGACUUUCCUUUUCGGGAUCAGGGGGUGUGAAAGUGUAUUUUUUACAUUUAAAAAUAUAUAGGCUUUGCAUAAAUGUUGAAUCAUUUCUAUUGUGUCUUGGAUCAAAGACAAAUGUUGUAUUUCCCAACAACAGCAUUCAAAAAGGCAGAACUACAGAAGCCAUUUUCAAUGGUAGAAUGUGAUCAAUUGCAAACAAGGGAAGCAUUUCAAGCAUUACAGCAUUAGAAGUGGUGAAAGAGCGAAGGCAAGAACAUUUAUUCAGUUAUCAUUUCCGUUACUGGCCUUAUUUGUUUCUAUACAACUUUGGGAGAAAUCAGUAACCUAAUAACCCCAAUGAGUAUUGGAUGCUGCCAGUCACACUGAUAUUGUAUUUUCAAAACUCAGGCAAGAUCUGAUGCCAGUGUGAAUUCUUUUUCAGACAACAGAUGCUUGUGCAUACCUUAUUUUAAAUUCCGCUUGAAUAGAACAAUGCCCCAGCUGCUUUCUUUAUUAUUCAUCUAGACAACCUAAUGCAUUUAGGGUUUUUUUCCCCCAAUUACACCAUUCUUCAAAUAAUUUUGCACACAAAUAAGGCAUGGAAAUCCAAUAUCCUGCCUCCUUUGAGCACUAGUUUUCAAAUGCCAGAGAAAAUGGAGGCACAAAUUCAAAUAGUGUUGUAUAGUUAGACUUCCUUUGGUAAAAAUACAGCUAGAUAAAUAUAUUCACAAAUAAACGCUAUACACCCUGCAGGAACCAAUGAAACAGCUGCCAUUUCCUUCCCCCUGAUCUUCUGCCAACUUGCUGGAGAGCUGUAACCUCACACUGUUCAGGGCCCUAUUGAAGCCUCAAAUUCCAUGUGAAAGCAACAGGCGCUUUUUCAAGCCGGAGGCUGCCCCAGUCUAAAGCAGGACAUCAUGGGCCCAGUUUUUCAAACAAGAAGGGCGGCCAGGUAGUGGGUGAUGACUUCCCCUGCAACCACUACCUUACCGCACAAUGUUUCAUACCCAGCCACUUUUCUCCCAGCCAUAUUCAUUUCUGGUAUCAGAACCCAGCUGAGGGGAAAGGGGCAUUAGAGAAGAGACUAUGGGAAGGUAAGCUGUGUGUGUUGGGGGAGGGGGAGAAUUUCUCUGCCCUCACUUGAUCUUUUUGCUCUAAAAGACUGGCAUACACACUCAGUCUUCUGCUGCACUUAGUUGGCCAGACUUGGGUUUAAACAAGACUGGUCUGCUGUUGCCAUGUGUAGUUUGAGCCUGUCUCUUGAGGAGUGCUAUCUUAUGCUCUCAUGGGAUCUGAUUUUUUUAAAACGUUUGUUAUCAAGAUGGCAGUGCUCGGUUUUGACAUUUAAAAGCACUUUGCCGUAAGGGAUAUUGAUGGAUUUAGUAACUGGGCAAAAGAAUGUAACACCCAGGCCCCUUGCAAAGCCGUCAGCCAGAAACCAGAAUCUUGGAUGUACAACCUAUUCUUUUUGUGCCAUAAUGUCUGUUGCAGUGGAGGGUGGAAUCAAUAUAGGCUUUCAGAGCACUGAUAUUUAUCCUUUACAGAUGACAAACAACCUGUUGUUUUCUGGUGGGCUUAGGGAGCUAACGUACAAAUAUCUGGCGUAUACCUUGGCUUUUAAAAAAACUAAAAAACAACAAUGCAGUUCUAUCUGCAAAAUUAAGAUUUAUUUCACUUAUUGAUAUACUUGGCCAUUUCUAUAUUUCUUUUGGUUACCAAGGUACUUGUAACUAUCUUGCACUGUUGAACUAUGUUCUUUGAAUCCUUGUAUAAAUAAAUAAAAAAAAGGCUGGAGACCUAAAUCUA